CGUUUGCAGAUUUGUCAAAAACCUGGAGAAGAGAAGGGUGUAUAGUGGUGGUUUUUUAAUAUUAUUUAGUGUAUGUCGCAAUUUUAUGUUUGUUAGGGGAUAAUGAUUAUGCAAGAUGAUGUCUGAUCAAUUUAGAAAGGUGGAACCAUACUCGCCAAAGUCCUCGCCGAGGGGCGGUAGGUCGCCCGUUGUCUCUCGGCAGGACUCUUCUGGCACCCUCAAGACUACCAUUCAACUCGGCAAAAAUCCUUCCAUCGUUCACAGUGGACCUUUUUAUUUGAUGAAAGAACCACCUGGAGAAUGUGAACUCACUGGAGCUACAAACCUAAUGGCAUAUUAUGGUCUUGAACACUCGUACAGUAAAUUUAAUGGCAAGAAGCUCAAAGAAUCUUUAUCCUCUUUUUUACCAAAUCUACCGGGCAUUGUGGAUGGGCCAGGGCAAGAAGACAACAGUACCCUCGGCUCUGUGAUAGCCAAGAGACCUAUAGGUGGCAAGGAGCUGCUGCCGCUCACUAGUGCACAGUUGGCAGGAUUCCGCCUGCAUCCGGGGCCUCUGCCUGAACAGUACCGCUAUGUUAGCUCUACUCCACCAAAGAGGCAUAAGAGCAAACACAAGAAACAUAAACAUAAGGAUGGGGCACCACCUGGUCAAGACACUCCAUUGCAAGACUCCUCCAACCCAGACACAUACGAGAAGAAGCACAAAAAGCAAAAGCGGCACGACGACGACGCCAAGGAGCGCAAGAAGAGGAAAAAGGAGAAGAAACGGAAAAAGCAGAAACACAGCCCCGAGCACGGGAGCCUCACGCCCAACCAACAUGCUGCGUAGUGCGUAGCCUACUCUUCCCACCAUAAUAUGGAAAUGUUUUUAGGUCUGAUAUUUUAUAUUCAAUUACCGUGCCACACAAUCUUAAAUUAGGAUUCUGAAAUAUCUGAAAAACAGCACAACAUACUAAAACUAAAAAAUGUUUAUUUUUACCAGAAAUCAUCAUCAUCAUUAGGCCUUAUGCAUCUUUACAGAUGAUUUAAGCAGCAUCUCUGAUCGAGCGACAGCGCCGCUUGUGGCUAUAUCCAAUUCGUGAUCUGUAUAAUCUACCACAUCUGUCACAAUUAAAACUUAAAUGAGAGUCCGCACAAAAGCGAUCCUUGUUGUGCCUUAUUGCCCGUUUUUGGGCUAAGUUUUGAAACUAGGACCUAUCAUGCGUCCCUCCACUCGUCACGGUUUGCUGCUAGGUCUUCCCAUGAGUUGUAAUCAAUGUUAAACGCUACCAUAUCGCGCUUUACUUACGCAGUACUUAAAGCGGAGGACUGGAGGAGGAGAGAGAGAACACCUAGCAAUCAAAUUUUUAUACUUUAAAAUAAAAAUAUGUAAACAUAUACUCAGGCCUGUAUUCCCAAAAGGGAUAGGCAGAACACAUGAAAAUGCUCAAGAGUCAGAGUCACACUAAUCAAUUAAGGGUUUGCUAGCUUCUCGCGCACCACACAAUUGAACCCAUUUCGCAAGUUCAAGCCCGGGUUCCACUUAACCAACACAGUAUUUUUUUUUUCACUUUUAUAUUUAUCUUGAGUUUCUGUAUCUCAAUUUAAAGUUGUGUGGUAUAAAUGUAAAAGUGGUUACAGAGGACGAAUUACGUCCAUUAUCUAGAAAUUAGCGUGGAAAAUUUAGAGAAAGUGCACUGAACUUUGCCCUUUGUAAAUGUAAACACCUUAAUAAGUACAUUAAAUUAUGUUCACAAACAUUCUCGGGAUAACAACAUUUACACAAGACAGUCAAAAAAACUAGUAUAAAACAGUAAAAUCUAUGAAAAUUAUGAAAUAACCUAAAAUCAAAAAGAUAAAUUAUGAUUGUAUCUCUUUUACUCUAAUAAUGUAAAAUGCUGCCAAAUUUUGAGAUAGUAGAGUGCAUAAUGUUGCCUUGUUAUUUGACUGGUGCAGCUUUUUUCUGAUGCUAAACUUUAAGAUAAAAGAUUUCUAGAAAAAAGGAUCUUCAAAGAAUUUUAUUGUCACAAAUAAAGUGGAACAUACUUGUAUAAAAUUUCUUAUUACGUAUUUUCAAUCAAACCUCUGUAAUGUUUAUUCAAACUACUUGCCCCAUGACAGAUGCUGUUCAGGUUCAGCUAGAGAUGAAACACAGGAACCACUCCACAAGAUAAAUAAACAAGCCACAUUGAUAAAUAAUGAUUUAAAUAACUGCAUGUUUUAUCAGAUUAUGUCGAAGAGAACUGUCGCGAAAUGGAUAUUCAAAUCUUGAGCCAGUCCUUUUAAAUAUGUAGUGUCCUUGUAACAGCCCACGACAUUCGGCGUUCAUAGGUUGGAGCGAGACACAGCGAUGGGUCUAUUCAUUCGCACCUAUGGCUGCCGCUCGCCCCAAUGUCGCCAUUCAUAAACUCUAUUGUAAAGAUACAAGACAUACUUAUGUUCAGUUAAAAAGUGUUUCUUCAUUAAUGUGUAGCACACCAAUGUCAUCAUUAUGUGUAUGUGAAAUAGGUCCUAAAUCCAAAAGAGAGUUGUACGGAGCGUUCCUGGAAGUAUAUAUAACCUAUGUACUCGUAGUCUAAGAAAUAGUCACGUUAUGAUAUGAAUGACGCAUUUUCUAUGAUUCAGUUCAGAGCGUGUCCUAUCUUCUUCCAAUGCUUUUAUGAUUGCCUGGUAGUAUACCUAAUUAUUGCGUCAUUCAUGUCAUUGUAAAUAUCAAUAUCAUGCUUACAUUUGUAGAUAGAGACUGUACCAGACCUUAGAAAUAGACUUCUCGACUUUCUAGCUAACAAACGACCGCACCGUAUGGCGACCUCGGCUUUUUUUUUCACGUGAGAGCGAGAAAAUAAUAACUAUUUCUCGCUCCCACUUACAGUAUAGUAUAUGGAUGACCUUGGUGCGGUAUGGUCAUGUGAUCACUGUAUCAUGUAAGACUCAUGUAAGACUUUGUUUUAGUAGUUUUCUAAAGUACCAUUGAUAAUUAUAUAUUUACUGGUGUAAUUACUAGUUUCUUCUUUCAUAUUGUGUUUAAUGCCUACUGACACUGAUAAUAAGUCAAUACUGAAAUAUCUGUCUUUAAAGUCCUUGAUUCUAAACUUUUUUUACUUCCUCUACUCAUAAGUUCAACCACAGUAGAAUGUUUCGUGCUAGUUGUAAGGUUGUUAAUUUCAUGUUAUUUGCACCAUUCUGUAAAUAAUCAGUUUAGUUUAUGAUACUAUAAUCACUUGGAUAAAUAAACUGGUAAGAUGUU